CAGUCGGCUAUCACCAUGAAAUUCAUUGUCCUCCUCGCUUUGACUAUUGCAUCCGUUGUGGAUGCUUGGCAUCAUCCUAUGCCUUACGGUCCCAAUCCAUACAGCUACCAACAGGCGAAUUAUGGACAACAGCCAGUAUCUAACUACCCAAUGGGAAAUUAUCAACGUCAACCCAACUACCCCAUGGCGAAUUAUCAACCGCAACACAACUACCCCACGGCAAAUUAUCAAUCGCAAUUCAACUACCCCAUGGCGAAUUAUCAAUCGCAAUUCAACAACCCCAUGCAAAAUUAUCAGAGGCAGCCGGCUCAAGUCUACUACGUUCAUCACGUCAUUCCUUAUUUGCCAAAUGCCUUUGAUUUCGAUCUGUCCGACUUCAAACCAGAAACUGAAUCCAACGAUAUGGGAUUUCGGACUGACAGCGAAGAGUUUGACGGCAUGAGCGAUGACGAGAUCGACGAGAGGGUGUUUUACCUGCAGACCAACACGCCCUACAAGAGGUUCAACAAUUUUCUCCAAACGAUGCAUAACCUGAGGAAUCAGUACAGACGAAGAUGGAAAAAUGCACUCAGGAAGAAUCAACAAGUUACUCUUAACGAUGAUCGCUAUUGAUCAAUUUGUUGGCUCAAAUUAUUAUUAUGUUUAACUUAUGACUGAUGGGAAAAGAACCUGCCAAUUGGAUCAUACUGUCUUAUUCAUUCAGGUGUAUCUCGUUUAAUUUUUAAAACAUUAAUCGCACAAUAAACGUUAUUCAAAAA